AUGCUCGCUCUUGUCUUUGCCGCCCUGGCUCUGGCGGAGACCAUCAUUGGGAUAGACCUCGGCACGACCUACUCGUGCGUGGCCGUCUCCCGCGCCGGCCAAGUGGAGAUCAUCCCCAACGAGCUCGGGGCACGUGUUACGCCCUCCUACGUCGCCUUCACGGCGGACGGGGAGCGCUUGGUGGGCGAUGCAGCAAAGAACUACGCACCAAUAAGUCCUGAGAAUACGAUCUUCGAUGUCAAGCGCCUUAUCGGGCGCAAGUUUGACGAUCCUGAGGUGCAGAAGGACAUGAAACUCCUCCCGUACAAAGUGAUCAAUAAGGAUGGGCGACCCUUCGUUCAGCUUUCGGGGACUAACUUGCCAAAGGAGCUGCAGAACAAAAUCAUGUCCCCAGAGGAGAUUUCCGCGAUGGUUCUCACGAAGAUGAAGACCAUCGCAGAGGACUACCUUGGCGAGAAGAUCACAAAGGCAGUCGUCACUGUUCCCGCCUACUUCUCCGACUCACAGCGCUCUGCCACCAAGGACGCCGGUCGCAUUGCUGGGUUAGACGUUGUCCGCAUCAUCAAUGAGCCCACCUCGUCCUCCAUUGCCUAUGGGCUCGAUAAGAAGACACAGGAGACGUCCGGCAAGGCGAAGAAUAUCCUCGUCUUCGACUGCGGCGGUGGUACGCAUGAUGUGUCCAUCCUCUCUGUCGACUCUGGCGUUUUUGAGGUUCUGGCCACCGCCGGAAACACCCAUCUUGGUGGUGAGGACUUCGACCGCCGCCUCCUCGAUCACUUCAUUGCAAUUUUCAAAAAGAAGAAUAACAUCGAUCUUUCUAUCACCAACACAGGAGAUAAGGCAAAGGAUAUGGCCGUGAAGAAGGCCAUAUCUCGGCUUCGGCGAGAGAUCGAGGCAGGGAAGCGCCAGCUCUCUACUGCCUCAUCUGUGCAGAUUGUUGUUGACUCCCUCAUCGAUGGGAUCGAUUUCUCUGAGUCGCUGACGCGCGCCAAGUUUGAGGAACUCAAUAUAGAUCUUUUCAAGAAGUCCAUUAAGCCUGUGGAGCAGGUCCUCCGGGAUGCUAAGCUCAAGACGACUGAUAUUGACGAGGUUGUCCUGGUCGGCGGGUCUACCCGUAUACCGAAGAUUCGUCAGCUCCUGCAGGACUAUUUCAAUGGGAAAGCCCUCAACAAGGACAUCAAUGCCGACGAGGCCGUUGCCUGGGGCGCUGCUGUACAGGCCUCCAUUCUCAGUGGUGCGAAGGAUCACGAUGUCCUCCUGAUAGACGUCACCCCGCUCACGCUGGGCAUUGAGACCCAGGGAGGCAUUAUGACGCCGCUUAUUGAGCGGAACUCUUACAUACCGGUUAAGAAGUCCAAGAUCUUCUCGACCGUUCAGGACCAGCAGACGAUGGUCAAGAUCCAGGUCUAUGAGGGAGAGAGGUCCAUGGUCAAGGACAACAACCUUCUGGGAAACUUCGACCUCAAUGACAUCCCUCCAGCUCCGCGGGGCACUCCACAGAUUGAGGUCACCUUCGAGAUAGACUCUAACGGCAUCCUCACAGUUUCUGCAGUGGAGAAGUCGUCGGGGAAGGAAGAGUCCAUCACUAUCAAGAACGACCGUGGCCGGUUGUCUGAAGACGAGAUCAAUCGUCUUGUCAAGGAGGCAGAGGAGUUCGCGGAGGAGGAUAAGAUAAACAGAGAGCGUGCUGAGGCUCGGAAUGCCUUUGAGAUGAUCGUGUCGAUAACAACGACUCAGACAACCGCGGAUAAGGAGGGCAACAUCGUUGACAAGAUCUCCUCAGACGACCUUGAGAAGGUCAAGGAGGCCGUUAAAGAGGCUCAGGACUGGCUCCGUGAUAACACUGAUGCCAGCAAGGAGGAGAUCGAGGAGGAGAAGAGCAAGUUCGAAAAAGUUGUCCAGCCCAUCCUCGGCGAAAACUUCGGCCGAUCUGCCAGCGCCGGCAGCAGCGGCCCUGAGUACGACUAUGCAGAAAAAGAUGAACUCUAA